AUGGAAAAGCGCAUGCUGUCUGAAGGAUUUUCUUGCAGAAUGCAUCAAGAAAUUUUAAGCAGUAAUGAGGUUCCUAAUUUAUUUGGCAAUUCAAACGCAAUGAAAAUGCAUUACGCCAACUAUCAAAGAAAUCUUCGAAAUUACUUAAUUCAGCCUGUUUCUUAUUUUCGUCAAUAUUUUCUUCAUUAUUUUUCAACUAAAACGCAUUUAUCAUAUCAAAUUCCAAAUUUCUACAAGAAAGUGUUCUAUCUCUCUACAGUCUUAAUGAUGAGCGAAGUAGAAAUUAUUUAUUGACUGCUCAUUAUAGAGUCUAUUUCAGCGUCAAAAAUUAUUUCAAACCCAGAAUUAAUGUUAGCUAUUUCUGGGCUGCGAGCGAAAAUAGACUUAAAUGAGAAUUCAGGAAUCUUCACCUUUAUUCUCUGUUGUAUUGUUCCUGAAUUCAUUGUUUCAUUUAGAUAUUUUUGGAAUGUUGAAUUAGAAACUAUCAAUAUUUCUGCGAAAGAUUUAAAUAAUAAAUACAAUGAAUUGAUUUGCAGAGAUAUCAAAGUUGAGGAAAAAGUAGAUUAUAAUGAAAUUGUUGACGAAAUUAUACAGAGCAAUCAAAAUGGCUUUAAAAAUAUUCCUAAAUCCCCCAUCCUUGAUCGAACGACUCGCCAUCGUUCGAUCAAGGAGGGGUUAAAAAAAUUUUUUAUAUAAAAUAAAAUAUCUAUAUAUAUAUUUUUUUUAUUUACUUUUAAAUAAGACGGUUAAGAGUAUUUAAUAAUUAUUUUUACAGCAAAAAAAUUGAAUUAAUUUCAUAAAAAAUACCAAUUUUUUAUAUUUUAAUUUUAUUAGUUACCCCUUAAACUGUAUAAAUUUUAAUUUGUUCCUUAUUAAAUUAAAAUUAAUUUUUUUUAAAAAUUCAAAGAAUCUCUAUUUUUUAGAUUAUUGAGUUUUUAAGCCUAGGCUGAUGACUAAAUCACUUCGCAUGGUUGAUUCCGAAGCUUUCUGUCGUCUCAAAAGCCUCUGAAAACAACUUCAUUAUGUACAUCUUUCCCAAGCUUUUGAUAACUAAUAUAUUUUUUAUAUAUAUAAAAAAAUUGUUAUGAUAUGAAAAUCGUUCGAUCAAGGAUAGGGGUAAUUUCCCAAUUUUUAGGAAUUUUUACAGUCAAUCGUUCGAUCAAGGAUGGGGGGGAGUAAAGAAGUUUAUAAUCAAGAGGAACUUUUAAAUGAUCUCGAAAAGCAGCUCAUUUUUGAGCUUGAGUCAAUAAAAAAUGAGAACUUUUUAAUAAAUAAUUCAUAA